CCUUUAAGGGGCAAGGUAACCACACCUUCCAGGUGUGGCCACCUGGCUGGUGACAUGUGAUGACAUCAUAAGUUGCUAGGCAACCCAGAAGCAGGUUUGGUUCCAAAAUCCUAACACUGAGUGUGGUAGAAAGUAAUGUUUCAGAGGCUAAGUCUUGAGAGAAAUCUGAAGUUUAGGCAAUGCUGACCUUCAGUACAUCGGGUGGGAAGAAAGAAGACAUCCAGGUGGAUGGCAGAGGCUGACGGAUCAGUGAGCAUAGCAAGUCUUGGGCGUAGCUGGCUCAGUGAGAAUUGGUACCUUGUUAAAAAUCAACUCACUGUAGAUGCAUAGGUGUAUUCCUGGACUUUCAGUUCUAUUCUGUUGAUCUGCUGUGCCAGUGACCAGUACCACACCAAUGUUUGAGUUACGAGGCUACUUUUUUUUUUGAAGAGAUCUCAUGCAUGAAGCACAGUGGUCCUCAUCAACCAGAAGCAGUAGAUUUUACCAGCAAUCCAUCACAUCCCUUUUGAUCUGGUUUUCUUUUUCAAAAAGUAGAAACAUCUCUUUCAAGUUAUUUUUGUUGCAAAUCUAAGCAAAUGGCUGACCAUGAUUUGGGUGAAAAACCUACAAAGUGCCCAAACUGUGCAUCUUCUCAGGCUGGCCUGCUGUGCCUGUGCUCACCAAGCCAGGCUCCAGUUUUGGUGGUGGAAAUGUCACAGACAUCGAGUAUUGCUAGUUCAGAAAUGUUUGCUUCACAAGAGAGAAAAAAAGAAAGAAUUUCCAGCAGAGAAUCUUCUUUGAAGGAUUUGACAAGGUUUCUCUGUGUAGCCUUGCCUGUCCUGGACUCUGUAGACCAGGCUGGCCCUGAAAUCACAGAGAUCUGCCUGUCUCUGCCUCCGGGAGUGCUGGGACUACAGUCCAUAAGAACUUCAAAUGUGGAGAGAAAAAGUUCUCAGGGACAGUGGAGUAGAAGCCAUAUCACAGAAGGAAAAGUCCCACACAUAAGAAUGGAGAAUGGAGCCGAUAUAGAGGAAUUCUAUACCUUCGGAAGAAUAUUGGGACAGGGGAGCUUUGGAAUGGUCAGUGAAGCUAUAGACAAAGAAACAGGAGCUAAGUGGGCAAUUAAAAAAGUGAAUAAAGAAAAGGCUGGAAGCUCUGCGGUGAAGUUACUUGAACGGGAGGUGAACAUCCUGAAGAGUGUCAAACAUAAACACAUCAUCCACCUGGAACAAGUGUUUGAGACGCCUCAGAAAAUGUACCUUGUGAUGGAGCUUUGUGAGGAUGGAGAACUCAAAGAAGUUUUGGGUAAAAAAGGGCACUUCUCAGAGAAUGAGACAAGGCAGAUAAUUCAAAGUCUUGCAUCAGCCAUCGCAUAUCUUCAUAACAAGGAUAUAGUGCACAGAGAUCUAAAGCUGGAAAACAUAAUGGUUAAAAGCAGCUUUAUGGAUGAUAACAAUGAAAUGAACUUAAGCAUAAAGGUGAGUGACUUUGGCUUAGCGGUGAGGAAGCACGGCUCCAGGAGCGAAGGCAUGAUGCAGACCACAUGUGGCACUCCCAUCUAUAUGGCACCAGAGGUUAUCAAUGCUCACGACUAUAGCCAGCAGUGCGACAUUUGGAGCAUAGGUGUCAUAAUGUACAUCUUACUGUGUGGAGAACCACCCUUUUUGGCAAAUUCAGAAGAAAAGCUCUUUGAAUUAAUAAGGAAGGGAGAGCUGAGGUUUGAAGAUCCAAUCUGGGAUUCCAUAAGUGAUUCUGCAAAAAAUGUUUUGAAACAACUCCUGAAAGUAGAUCCUGCUCACAGAAUCACAGCUAAGGAACUUCUAGAUAGCCAGUGGUUGACAGGCAAUGCACUUUCUUCAUCUAGAACAACAAAUGUAUUAGAAAUGAUGAAAGAAUGGAAAAAUAACCCAGAAAGCGAUGAGGACUCCAAGAUGGAUGAGAAGACUAAGCCCCCCACUAAAGAAAAUUUGAAAAGUGUCAAAAUCGCGGGAAAGGCCCUUGAUGCCAAUAACAGCCUGCCAUCUGCAAAGACAGCAAAGCAGGCCACUGCUGCAGCCAAGAAGUCUGAUUUAGAUGAUGUUGACAUGAGCACCUCAAGCUCACCAUCCAGCAAAUUCCUUUCUUCUGGACUCAAAGAAGAAUCAGAGAAAUCCUCCGGGCCUGUAAGCCAGGCAGCAGUGGUUAAGAGCACACUGAAAACCGCUUCCUUGGUGCGAGGCAAGAAAAAAUUGUAAGGUCUGUCCGGUGCUGAACAGUGUAAGAACAGACCGCUCCUCCAGCACUGAAGGAAGGGGACAAGAGGGGACAGCACAGCAUGAGCUUUAGCCUUUGGCUCUGCUGAGCACUGCAUGUGUUUACACCAGUUUAAAGUUGAAGCUAGUUACUCCAAGCAGCACAGCCUGCACAGGGCACUGAGGACAGCCGUGGACAUGCUUGGGGCAGGCUGCUGCCCUGACCAACUCGAGGCGUUCCAGGGUUGUUUAAGAGACAAGUGCUCUCAGUGCAAGGCUGGGCCUACUUGUUCAGUUCUACUCAAAUUCUUAUAUUUAGGCACAUUUAUUGAUAAGGGAAUACAAGAAGCCAAAUGCAGUGAUGGAGGUUCUACAUGAUUAUGUGCACUUUGCACUAGGAGACUUUGUUAGAUGAUUGCUAAUCAAAUGGCCACAGGCAUUGUGGCAGAAGUGACACAGCCCCUUACAUGUCACUGUGAGUCUAGUUGCUAUAGAUUAUUUAAGACAACUUAUUUUAAACACAGAAAAGUGGGACAGUUUAUAAUUGCUUGAAUUGGCUUGCUGCUGUAUUCUCAUAUUGAUUAAAUCAAUAAACCCAGAUGCUUCCACGCAUAUCCAUUUUAUGUUAAGGGAGGGUGACAUUAGCAAGUUCUCUGAGUGUUUCCCCAGACAGCUAAUGCUGGUCUGUUGUCUCUGGGGAAGGACUGAGACUGGACAGGAAGCACAUCAUGAGUUGGUAUUGGGGGUUCUCUUUCCUCUGGUAUUAACAGCUCUGCCACUACUGGUUAAGCUGGGUAAGCAGAUGCCUCUCUCACUAUCCCAAACAUUUAAAAAAAAUUUAAAUUUGUUUUUAUCUUGAUAAAGUAAUAACCUAGUUUCAUUUUGAACCCCGUGGGAUUGUCAGUUUGUCUCUAGAAUGAAACACACCUAUAAACUGACUCAAAAGCUAAAAGAGGUACGUGCACCUCUUGUUAUUAGUUCACCAAGGUACCACUGGGGUCAGACAGGUCAGAGAUCACACUGGCAUGUGCCCGUUGUCUUAAUUCCUUUUCUAUUGCUGUGAAAAGAUACCACGACCAAGGCAACUUAUACAAGAAAGAUUAUGGUUUCAAGGGGCAGAAUCCAUGAUGCAGAGCAAAGGCAUGGUGGCAGGAAUAGCUGAGAACUCACAUCUUGAUCUACAAGUAGGAGGCAGAGAAAGAGAGAUACUGGGAAAGGCACUAGUCUUUUGAAACAUCAGAGCCCACCCCUAAUGACAUCCAUCCUCCAACAAGGCCACACCUUCUAACCCUUCUCAAGCAGUUCCACCAACAGUGACCAAGUAUAUGAACCUGUGGGAGGCAUUCUCAUUCAAAUCACCACACUCUUAUUCUGGCUGAGUUCUGCCAG